CAAACUAAUUUGAAUAAAGUUACAAUUGCUGUCCGAGCAGUGUCCCCUACAGCUGAAAUAGCAACUCAGUUGAUUGCUCUUUUAGACUUUUUGAUACAAGACUGCUGUACACAGUUACCACAGAUUGAUCCUACUAAACACAGAGCAAAUGAACUUGACAUGAGACGACAAGAAAUGAGAAAUAUGGAGUUGGCCAGAAUUAAAGCCGAGGCAACCAAAUUGAGAGAGAAUGCUACUGAUGUGAAUGAAGUGGUGAAUGAAAUUGAGGGAUAUAUCCAAGCACUGAGACAGCUUGCUGUAGAGCCACAAAACAGUAUUCCAGACAUUGUAAUUUGGAUGUUGAGUGCCAGGAAGCGCAUUGCGUAUUUUCGAAUACCAGCGUAUGAUGUCCUCUAUUCACCAUAUAAAGAUGCCAGUGGGAAAUUUUGUAACAAAUUAAGAACAAUAUUCUUAAAGUAUCCAGGAACUAAAUCUGAGAAUGCCAUUGGUGCAGAAAGCAUUCCAUGCAUGUUACGUCUAAAGGUGUGGCUUGGUUUACAGGAGCAUGAGCAGUCGUACGGUCACGACCAUGGCGGUGGCUUGAUGGCUGUCUUUGCAGAAACUGUAAGUAAAAACCAUGCUAAUUUAUUGUAAGAGAAUAUAUUUAUUAUUGAAUUUAUUCACAUCAAGAUGAAUAUAAAUGUUAUUGUUAUUUAAUUACAUAUUAUACGCAUAACAUGUAC